GCUUUUGGACGGAAGUGAGGCUGGGUGCGCCCCAUAAUCCAAAGAAUCAAUCAGCGCCUCUCUCUUUAGCCCAAUCACGUAAGGCGGAUGUCAUCGGGACCAAUCAGAUGAGGCGAAGGGGCGGAACUUUUCCGAGACAAACCAGGUGGGCGGGCUUCCUGAGUGACCCAGUCAGAUGAUGAGGGGGCGUGGUCGGACUGUACCAUUGCUCUGCACUGCGGGGCUAGGACAGUGAAAGUGACGGGUUAGGGCGGCACAGCCCUGUCUUCUGUCACUGCCUUUUCGUUCUGCGCUUCCUCCCUCCGCGAAUGGUCUGGCCCAGCACCGAGUCACGUGAGCCGGUUCCAAGAUGGCGGCGGCGGCGGGGCCCGGCUGGGGGCCGGAGGCGGACGAGUUCGAGGACGCCCCCGAUGUGGAACCGCUAGAGCCGACGCUGAGCAACAUCAUCGAGCAGCGGAGCCUCAAGUGGAUCUUCGUAGGGGGGAAGGGAGGAGUGGGCAAAACCACCUGCAGCUGCAGCCUGGCCGUGCAGCUGUCAAAGGUGCGUGAGAGCGUCCUCAUCAUCUCCACCGACCCAGCCCACAACAUCUCCGAUGCCUUCGACCAGAAAUUCUCCAAGGUCCCCACAAAAGUCAAGGGCUAUGAUAACCUGUUUGCAAUGGAGAUUGAUCCCAGCCUGGGGGUGGCUGAGCUCCCGGAUGAGUUCUUCGAGGAGGACAACAUGCUCAGUAUGGGCAAGAAGAUGAUGCAGGAGGCCAUGAGCGCCUUCCCCGGCAUCGAUGAGGCCAUGAGCUAUGCGGAGGUGAUGAGGCUGGUGAAGGGGAUGAAUUUCUCCGUGGUGGUGUUCGACACAGCCCCCACUGGGCACACCCUGCGACUGCUCAACUUCCCCACUAUCGUGGAGCGGGGCCUGGGCCGUCUGAUGCAGAUUAAGAACCAGAUUAGUCCCUUCAUAUCUCAGAUGUGUAACAUGCUUGGCCUGGGGGACAUGAACGCCGACCAGCUGGCCUCCAAGCUGGAGGAGACCCUCCCUGUCAUCCGGUCAGUGAGCGAGCAGUUCAAAGACCCGGAGCAGACCACCUUCAUCUGCGUCUGCAUCGCUGAGUUCCUGUCGCUCUACGAGACGGAGCGCCUCAUCCAGGAGCUGGCCAAGUGCAGGAUCGACACCCACAACAUCAUCGUCAACCAGCUGGUGUUCCCAGACCCAGAGAAGCCCUGCAAGAUGUGCGAGGCCCGGCACAAGAUCCAGUCCAAAUAUCUCGACCAGAUGGAGGACCUGUACGAAGACUUCCACAUCGUCAAGCUGCCGCUGCUGCCCCACGAGGUGCGAGGAGCCGACAAAGUCAACACCUUCUCCAGCCUCCUCCUGGAGCCCUACAAGCCGCCCAGCGCCAAAUAGGGACGCGCGGCCGCUGCUCUGGCCUGGAUCAUUCCACUUCGUCGGCUACACACCCGGACCCCGCCCCUGCAGAGCACAAUCCUUCCUGCCCUGUCUGUCACGUGAUGGGGAGACUUGCAGUCAGCAGGGGUGGGGGUCGUAUUUAUUUCCCCUUCCAAGGAGGGGCAGGAUCUCUCUGCCGCAGGCAGAAUACUGGAUUCCCCCCCCCUUUUAACACAUCCCCCCCAGUAGUCUCAAGGCUGCAUUAAAAACCAGCAAUUGCCA